ACACUCUGUCUGUCUGUUUCACCAUGGCAACUGGAAGGCCCCCCUCCUGUACAGGAACAUGGAGUGGCUGCAGGGUGGCCACAGCUGUCAGCGAGUCAUCGUCCAUACACAGUGAUGCCCUGUUCGACCCGGGGCCUGAUACUCCUGAUCUGGGUCUGGUUCGGGACAUCUCUCUGGACUCUACAGGUCCUGGUCUGGGUCAGAACAUCUCUCUGGGCUCUACAGGUCCUGGUCUGGGUCAGAACAUCUCUCUGGACUCUACAGGUCCUGGUCUGGGUCAGAACAUCUCUCUGGGCUCUACAGGUCCUGGUCUGGGCAUCUCUCUGGACUCUACAGGUCCUGGUCUGGGCAUCUCUCUGGACUCUACAGGUCCUGGUCUGGGUCAGAACAUCUCUCUGGACUCUACAGGUCCUGGUCUGGAACAUCUCUCUGGGCUCUACAGGUCCUGA